GCGAUUAUGAUGAAUUUAGUUUUGAAGACAAAGUUGAUAAUAAUUAUGCAAGGUUUUGGUAUUUAAAACUAAAUUUUACUCAGAAAUAUUCUAUUUUAGCAAAUAUUAUACUUAGUUUAGCUUGGAUUAUUGGCAGUCUUGUAAUUAGAUUAAUUGGUCAAUUUUCAAAUAAUAAUUUUAAAAGAACAGAGAUUAAUAAGACUGAGAUAGAAACAAUCAAGCAACUUCUUUAUAGAGUUUAA